GAAGUGACUCACCACUGUGCCUCUGCCAAGCAGGCAGCCAAAGAUUUAGCUUUAUAGUCAAUAUUAAUGGCAGAAAAAGAAAGAAAGAAGAUCAUCUAUUGGUUUGCACAAAGUGGAUGUAAUGCUCUGAUUCACUUUCUUGUCUUCUUCUCCAAAUAUACAAACCAGAAGCACCAAAACCAACUAAAAACCAAGGCCAUGGCCAACCCACUUUCUCCAAUUAUCUAGCAGAACUCACUCAUCUUCUCCACAGUCCUGUCUAUAAAAUCAAAGAAAGAAACUUUGAAAUUUUUCCAGGAAAGAAAGAAGAGUGUGCUGUAUGUCAGUGAGAGAGAAUUAGUAGGGUGAAGUUGCUAACCCUUUACAAUGGCCUCAGCUCAGGAAAAGGCCACGCUUUCUUCUUACAACUCCACCAACAAACUUGCAGCUUCGGAAACUGAAGUGUUGCAAGGUUGGAGUUCUGUCGGUUCUGUUUCUGACGCCGAUCAAGCUCCCAUCCGAGGCAAUUCAACUGCUACUAUGAUCCCGCCUGUUGUUGACUCACUCACUGAUCCUCCCCAGCCAAACCCUGCUUCUGCAAAAGGAAUCCCAAUGACAGCACGGGCACAAACCAGCCACCCUCUGGACCCUCUAAUUGCUGCUGAAAUUUCUGUUGCUGUGGCAACUGUUAGGGCUGCUGGAGCAACUCCUGAGGUGAGAGAUAGUAUGCGGUUUGUCGAAGUAGUUCUGCUUGAGCCAGAAAAGAAUGUUGUUGCAUUGGCAGACGCAUAUUUCUUCCCACCGUUCCAGCCUUCUUUAAUUCCUAGAACUAAAGGUGGACCUGUAAUUCCGACUAAACUUCCUCCUAGAAAAGCAAGGCUUAUUGUCUACAACAAAAAGUCAAAUGAAACAAGCAUAUGGAUUGUUGAACUAUCUGAAGUACAUGCUGCUACUCGAGGUGGCCACCACAGGGGCAAAGUCAUUUCAUCUCAAGUUAUUCCAAAUGUUCAGCCUCCCAUGGAUGCUGAGGAAUAUGCUGAAUGUGAAGCUGUGGUGAAAGAUUUCCCUCCGUUUCGAGAGGCAAUGAAAAAGAGGGGCAUUGAGGAUAUGGAUCUUGUAAUGGUAGACCCCUGGUGCGCUGGAUAUCACAGUGAUGCUGAUGCUCCAAGCCGGAGACUUGCUAAACCGCUUAUCUUCUGCCGAACUGAGAGUGACUGUCCUAUGGAAAAUGGUUAUGCUCGUCCAGUUGAAGGAAUACAUGUUGUUGUUGAUAUGCAAAAUAUGGUGGUGAUCGACUUUGAAGACCGUAAACUUGUCCCCUUACCACCGGCCGACCCCUUAAGAAAUUAUACUUCUGGUGAAUCUCGAGGAGGUGUUGAUCGAAGUGAUGUGAAACCUCUACAGAUCAUUCAGCCUGAAGGUCCGAGCUUUCGUGUGAAUGGACACUUUGUUCAGUGGCAGAAGUGGAAUUUUCGCAUUGGUUUUACACCCAGGGAGGGUUUAGUUAUCUAUUCUGUUGCAUACGUUGAUGGAAAUCGUGGCCGGAGACCUGUGGCUCACAGAUUAAGUUUUGUUGAGAUGGUGGUUCCCUAUGGAGAUCCCAAUGACCCACAUUACAGAAAGAAUGCAUUUGAUGCAGGUGAAGACGGGUUGGGUAAAAAUGCACAUUCUCUUAAGAAGGGUUGCGAUUGUAUGGGCUUCAUCAAGUACUUUGAUGCACACUUCACAAAUUUUUCCGGAGGAGUUGAAACAACUGAAAAUUGUGUUUGUUUGCACGAAGAGGAUCAUGGAAUCUUAUGGAAGCAUCAAGAUUGGAGAACUGGAUUAGCAGAAGUCCGACGUUCUAGAAGGCUAUCCGUGUCUUUUAUCUGUACCGUAGCUAAUUAUGAGUACGGCUUUUACUGGUAUUUUUAUCAGGAUGGGAAAAUUGAAGCUGAGGUUAAACUAACUGGAAUUCUUAGCUUAGGAGCACUGCAACCUGGGGAAGUACGAAAAUAUGGUACCAUAAUUGCUCCUGGAUUGUACGCACCUGUCCACCAACACUUUUUCGUGGCACGAAUGGAUAUGGCUGUUGACUGUAAACCUGGCGAAACAUUCAAUCAGGUUGUGGAGGUGAAUGCUAAAGUUGAGGAACCAGGAAAGGAUAAUGUUCAUAAUAAUGCAUUCUAUGCUGAGAAGAAAAUGCUUCGAUCUGAAUUGCAAGCAAUGCGUGAUUGUAAUCCAUUAACUGCUCGCCAUUGGAUUAUCAGAAACACAAGAACCGUCAAUAGGACGGGGCAGCUCACUGGUUACAAACUAGUACCUGGUUCAAAUUGUUUACCUUUAGCUGGUUCAGAAGCAAAAUUCUUGAGAAGAGCUGCUUUCUUGAAACAUAAUCUUUGGGUCACACCUUAUGCGCGUGACGAAAUGUACCCCGGAGGAGAAUUUCCCAAUCAAAAUCCACAUGUUGGAGAGGGAUUGUCUACUUGGGUUAAGAAAAAUCGAUCACUUGAAGAAACUAAUGUAGUCCUAUGGUAUGUAUUUGGAGUUACGCACAUUCCUCGAUUAGAAGACUGGCCUGUAAUGCCAGUGGAUCGCAUUGGUUUUACACUAAUGCCUCAUGGAUUCUUCAACUGCUCACCAGCAGUGGAUGUUCCUCCAAGCACAUGUGACAUGGAACUCAAGGAAAAUGGAAUAACAGCUAAACCUAUCCAGAAUGGAAUACUAGCCAAGCUCUGAACGGAUGGAUUCUGCAUGGUUUUCGACGGAAUCUGGCUCGGAUUAUUAAUAAGCAAUUGGUCCAACUUCAAGCAAAUUCUACAUGGUAAGUCUGUAUAUUUGUAUAACUUGAUUCUGCUUCUGCAGGCCAAACUAGAAUGACAGCUUGAUUAUGAUUUUAAUAAUCAGACUGAAAUUAAUAAUAUUAAUUGUAAAGUAUCUGUAUUCAAUAUGCACCUAAACAAAUAUCAUGUAUAAGCAACUCGUUAUGAAUAUGUGUUUAUUCUGAUACCUACACAA